AUGGGGCCGAGUCCCGGAGCGGGGAGCAGAGCAAGCAUAGGGCCGAGUCCUGGAGCAGAGAGCAGAGCGAGCACAGGGCCAGGUCCCGGAGCAGGGAGCAGAACGAGCACAGGGCCAGGUCCCGGAGUAGGGAGCAGAGCGAGCUCAGGGCCGAAUCAAAGAGCAGGGCGCAGAGCGAGCACAGGGCCGAGUCCCAGAGUAGGGAACAGAGCGAACUCAGAGCCGAGUCCUGGGGCAGGGAGCAAAGCGAGUACAGGGCCAGGUUCCGGAGUCGGGAGCAGAGUGAGCUCAGGGCAGAAUCCCAGAGCAGGGCGCAGAGCGAGCACAGAGCCAGGUCCCAGAGUAGGGAGCACAGCGAGCACAGGGCCAGGUACCGGAGUAGGGAGCAGAGCGAGCACAGGGCCGGGUCCCAGAGCGGGGAGCAGAGCAAGUAUGGGGCCGGGACCUAGACCGGGGAGCAGAGCGAGCACAGGGCCAGGUCCCAGAGUAGGGAGCAGAGCGAGCACAGGGCCGGGUCCCAGAGCGGGGAGCAGAGCAAGUAUGGGGCCGAGUCCCGGAGCGGGGAGCAGAGCAAGCAUAGGGCCGAGUCCUGGAGCAGAGAGCAGAGCGAGCACAGGGCCAGGUCCCGGAGCAGGGAGCAGAACGAGCACAGGGCCAGGUCCCGGAGUAGGGAGCAGAGCGAGCUCAGGGCCGAAUCAAAGAGCAGGGCGCAGAGCGAGCACAGGGCCGAGUCCCGGAGUAGGGAGCAGAGCGAGCACAGGGCCGAAUCAAAGAGCAGGGCGCAGAGCGAGCACAGGGCCGAGUCCCAGAGUAGGGAACAGAGCGAACUCAGAGCCGAGUCCUGGGGCAGGGAGCAAAGCGAGUACAGGGCCAGGUUCCGGAGUCGGGAGCAGAGUGAGCUCAGGGCAGAAUCCCAGAGCAGGGCGCAGAGCGAGCACAGAGCCAGGUCCCAGAACCGGGGAGCAGAGCGAGCACAGGGCCAGGUCCCAGAGUAGGGAGCAGAGCGAGCACAGGGCCGGGUCCCAGAGCGGGGAGCAGAGCAAGUAUGGGGCCGAGUCCCGGAGCGGGGAGCAGAGCGAGCACAGGGCCAGGUCCCAGAGUAGGGAGCAGAGCGAGCACAGGGCCAGGUCCCGGAGCAGGGAGCAGAACGAGCACAGGGCCAGGUCCCGGAGUAGGGAGCAGAGCGAGCUCAGGGCCGAAUCAAAGAGCAGGGAGCAGAGCGAGCACAGGGCCGAGUCCCGGAGUAGGGAGCAGAGCGAGCUCAGGGCCGAAUCAAAGAGCAGGGCGCAGAGCGAGCACAGGGCCGGGUCCCAGAGCGGGGAGCAGAGCAAGUAUGGGGCCGAGACCAGGAGCGGGGAGCAGAGCGAGCACAACUCCGAGUCCCGUGGUAGGGAGCAGAGCGAGCACAGGGCUGAGUCCCGGAGCAGGGAGCAGAGCAAGCACAGGGCCGAGUCCCGGAGUAGAGAGCAGAGCGAGCAAAGGGCCGAGUUUCGGAGCGGGGACCAGAGCGAGAACAGGGCCGGGUCCUGGUAUAGGGAGCAGAGUGAGUACAGGACUGAGUCCCAGAGCGGGGAGCAGAACGAGCUCAGGGCUGAGUCCCAGGACAGGGAGCAGAGCGAACACAGGGCCGAGUCCUGGAGCAGGGAGCAGAGCGAGCACAGGGCCAGGUCCCGGAGUAGGGAGCAGAGCGAAAUCAGAGCCGGGUCCUGGAGCGGGGAGCAGAGCGAGCUCAGGCAGAGUGAGUACAGGACCAAGUCCCGGAGCGGGGAGCAGAGCGAGUACAGGGCCAAAUACCGGAGAAGGGAGGAGAGCCAGCACGGGGCCGCGUCCCGGAGUCGGGAGCAGAGCGAGCUGAGGGCCAAGUCCCGGAGCGGGGAGCACAGCGAGCACAGGGCCAGGUCCCGGAGUCGGGAGCAGAGCGAGCUGAGGGCCAAGUCCCGGAGCGGGGAGCACAGCGAGCACAGGGCCAGGUCCCGGAGUCGGGAGCAGAGCGAGCUCAGGGUCAAGUCCCGGAGCGGGGAGCAGAGCGAGCACAGGGCCGGGUCCCGGAGUCGGGAGCAGAGCGAGCUCAGGGCCGAGUCCCAGAGCAGGGUGCAGAUCGAGCACAGGGCCGAGUCCCGGAAUCGUGAGCAGAGCGAGCACAGGGCCGAGUCCUCGAGCGGGCAUGGGUCCAGAGCUGGAAAGGCAGCAGAACAAGUCCUGGACAGAAGCCAGCCUGAGGAAGCAGCGUUGCUUUAUGUUCUGAAGCCAGUGGGUAUGGGCAUCAGAUUGGAAAAGUGUUCGUAA